GUAGAAGGUAUGUUUAGCUGAUGUAGUUGCAGUGUGCUGCAGUGGUUUAUCAGUGUGUGUAUCUGCUCUGUGCAGCUGUCAGGCAUUAAUGCUGUACCACAGCCGAGUGCUUCCUCUCUCUGAAAUCAGUGUGUGAUGUGGUCGACUCUCAUCAGUCACACACCUCAGAGACGGGAGGCGGAGCUCUGUUCCUCAGUCACACACCUCAGAGACGGGAGGCGGAGCUCUGUUCAUCAGUCACACACCUCAGAGACGGGAGGCGGAGCUCUGUUCAUCAGUCACACACCUCAGAGACGGGAGGCGGAGCUCUGUUCCUCAGUGCUGACGUUAUUUUGAUAUAUAUGGAGAAAGUGAAAAAUGCCUCAUCUGAUUUGUUAUUGAGGCUGUGUGAUGAUUUCCUCUCAUCUUUCUAAUAAGGUAACAGGGAGUAUGAUUGGCUGCCUCUCUCUCUCUGUCUGUCUCUCUGUCUCUCUCUCUGUAGGGGGCUGAGUGAGGGGACACACUUCUCUCAGUCUCUCUGGGCGAGUGGAGGUGAACACAUCGUGUACAGCGAGGAGGGAGAUGGAAAUCUGUCUGACUUUUAUUCUUCUCUCAUCCACACUCACACUCACAGCAGCUGGCAGUGUGAGGUUGGUGAAUGGUGGAAGUCGCUGUGCUGGGAGAGUGGAGGUUCUUCAUGAUGGACAGUGGGGAACAGUGUGUCAUUUUAGCUGGGAUACGAAAGAUGCUGCAGUGGUGUGUAGAGAGCUGCGCUGUGGGGAGCCUGUAGAUGUGCAGUAUGCUGGUCACUUUGGACAAGGAUCAGGACCAAUCUGGAUGAAUAAUGUGCACUGUAGUGGAUCAGAGUCGACACUGAAGGACUGUAGCUCAAGUGGGAGGGGGGAUAGUUGUGGUCAUAGACUGGAUGCUGGAGUCACCUGCUCAGGUGAAAAUGUGAGACUCACUGCUGGUCCUCACCGGUGCUCUGGGAGAGUGGAGGUGUUUCAUGGAGGUUCCUGGUCCACAGUGUGUGAUGCUGACUUUGACCAGCAGGAUGCAGAGGUUGUGUGUCGAGAGCUGGGCUGUGGGAUUCCUGUGGAGGUGCUGGGAUCAGCUGCUUUUGGCCGAGGGGAGGGUCAGGUGUGGAAAGAGGAGCUUCAGUGUAGAGGCAACGAAUCUGAGAUUUACUUCUGUCCAACAUCAUCUUCACUCAAACACUCAGACUGCUCCCAUUACAAUGAUGUGGGAUUAAAAUGUUCUGGUCACACAGAGGCUCGGCUGGUGAACGGACCGGACUCCUGUUCUGGUCGAGUGGAGCUCCAGUACCUCAGUGAGUGGGGCACAGUUUGUGCUGUAGGCUGGGAUAUGAGAGCUGCAGAUGUUCUCUGUGCACAGCUGGAUUGUGGGAGUGCUGUGGCUGUGGUGGAGGUGGACUGGUUUGGGGAGGGGAGUGGCCACAUCUGGGCUGAUGUGUUUGAUUGUCAGGGGAAGGAGACACACCUAUCACAAUGUGGCAUCUCAUCAUGGAGUCGAGCUGCAUGCUCUCAUAAACACGAUGCUGGAGUCAUCUGUAACGGAUCAUCCGUGGCAUUUCAUGAGGGGCGAGUGCGGUUGUCUGGAGGGAGCGAGUGUCAGGGGGAGGUGGAGAUUUAUUUCAGGCAGGACUGGAGGAGAGUUCUCCUGGACUCGUGGAGUCUGUCUGAGGCGUCUGUGCUCUGCAGACAGCUGGGCUGUGGCUCCGUGCUGAACUACCGCUCCUCUCCAUCCACCACUGAACACAAACACAUGUGUGUAACAGGUUUCAGCUGCUCUGGGAGUGAAGCUCAUCUGGGGAACUGCAGCAGUGCACAACCUGUCAACUGCGGCUCUGGGGAACAGCUGUACAUCACCUGCUCAGUCCCGAGGUCCAUCAGGCUGGUUGGUUCUGGGGGAGACUGUGCAGGAAGGCUGGAGGUUUUCCACAGCGGCUCGUGGGGGACAGUGUGUGAUGACUCGUGGGAUAUUGAGGAUGCGCAGGUGGUGUGCAGACAGCUGCAGUGUGGAGAGGCCCUCAGUACCCACAUACCAGCCUGGUUUGGUCCUGGAACUGGGUCCAUAUGGCUGAAUGAGGUGGAGUGUGAGGGGAGCGAGACGUCCCUGUGGAACUGCAGAUUUCAGCUGUGUGAAGAGGGAGAAUGUGGGCACCAGAAGGACGUAGGAGUCGUGUGCUCAGAGUUUAAAGAGAUCCAACUCACGGAGGGCUGUGAGGGGAAUCUGGAAGUGUUCUACAAUGGAACCUGGGGUAAUGUGUGUCACAAUCAGAUGGAUGAUGAGACAGUAAACAUGGUGUGUCGAGAGCUGAACUGUGGAAGAAGUGGUAGUCUGUCAAACGCUAAAGCACGAGUAAAAUCUGCUCCUAACUGGCUGGAUUAUCUGAAGUGUAGGAAACACGACUCUAAUCUGUGGCAGUGUCCAUCUUCACCCUGGGGACAGAACAACUGUGAUAAUGGUGAUGAGGUGGCUCGUAUUAUCUGCACAGAUGAUGGAAAGUCUCCACAUACACAAGAAAAGUGCUCUUCAUUUCCCUCUCAGAAACAUUGCACAAAGCACUGGUCUCUCAGGCUGAGUGGAGGAAAGGGAAGCUGCUCUGGGAGGUUGGAGGUGUAUCAUAACGCUACGUGGGGCUCCGUUUGUGAUGAUCAGUGGAACAUCAGGAACGCUCAGGUGGUGUGCAGACAGCUGGGCUGUGGGUCGGCGCUGAGUGCUGAUAGGAAUGUUUCGUUUGGUGCUGGUGAAGGGACUAUCUGGCUGAACAGAGUGAAGUGUCGAGGGGAUGAGAUUCACCUGUGGGACUGUCAUCAUUCCCUGAAGAAACACACUGACUGCUCUCAUGCUGGAGUCACCUGUGCAGGUCAGAGCUCUACUGACUCCACUCAUACCCCUGUUCGCCCAGUAUUAAAGCUUGAUAACUUUUGUUUAGAAUCUUCGACAUUAGUUUGAAAGCUCAGACCCUAAACUGUAAACUAGCUGGUAAUAAUUUUAUUUCUUUUAUUUAUUUUAUUUUAUUCAUCAUCUGUACUCCCAAAAAUGUAAGUAAAAAUAUCCCUUAAAAUUUUUCUUAAAUAUGGUGCUGUGUAAAAACAGUAAACGUAAGUUUUUGAUUUUGAUUGAUGAUGAUUUGAUCAUCAAAGAUGGCCGCCACAAACCAAAGCUCCCAAACUGCUUUGUGGCCUACAGAAAUGGCCACCAUGGACUACAACACCCUACACACACAUCUUCACAGUCGCCAUCAUACUGGUCACACACAACUGGACUUAAUCAUGAGCCCUGCUGUAAGUAAAGUAAAGUAAAGCAUGAUAAGAGCAAUAAGAUGUUCAAUAAUGUAGAAUUUAUUUUAAAAAUAGAAUUUACUGAAUUACAGAGAGAAAAGAAGAAACACCAAUCAACUGCUUAACUAUGAACCUAAUUUUAAAUAGGGACAGAAAAAGAGUUGCAUAUGUGUGUUAGAGAGAGAAGAGAGGAAAGGAGGAAGGUGUGCAUGUGAGAAAAACAUAGAGAGAUGGAGAGCAAGUGUCUGUUUGUGGACGAAUGCUCUGCUCUAAAGCUUGCGUGUCCGUGUGAACAUUCAUGCUGCGCUUAUUAAAAUGUAUAACCAUGAACCAUGUGAGAUAACAAUCGCGUGAGAAAUAUGGUGGAGACUUUAAAGACUCCAUGUAUGGUGGAUGGCCAGUGAUAGAAACUAUAAAAAUAGCUCUGAUGACAAAAUACGUUACAAAGUGCGAUAACUUUACUAGGAAUAACAUUACAGUGUUGGAUCUUAUUUUUCCUAAAAAUAAAUGCGGAUGAACGACUGAGUGAUCGUGUUAGUUAUCGGAGAAAUUUGCUUCUAUCUUUAAUCACUGUUUUGAUAUGAUGAUUGUAUCAGUGAGAUAUAGAAACAUUUAUACGCCCUUUCUAUACAAUUAUGAAUAUUCAUUAUUUUGUAACUUAUGAGAAAUUGUUCUAUCGCUUAAAUCGUGGGCUCGCUCUUGCUGUAUAGCUGAAGUGAAAACUUACUGUUGCUGUAUUGCUGAAGUGUGUCCCUCUGCCAAGAAAGAAUAAACUUCUCUCCUUUUGAUCUGUAA